AUGGCUGCUUCUUCUUCUUCUUCUGGAAUUUCUCUAGAAGAGGAGUAUGAUGUUUUCCUUAGUUUUAGAGGCGAGGAUACCCGCCGUAACUUUACCAGCCAUCUCUACUCAGCUUUGAUCAGGAAAAAUAUUAGAGCAUUUUUUGAUGACCAACUUAUCAGAGGAGAUAAAAUUACGCCUUCUCUUUUGAAAGCAAUUGAAAGGUCAAAGAUUGCAGUUAUCCUUUUUUCAAAAGGCUAUGCCUCUUCGGCAUGGUGCCUUCAAGAACUUGAACAAAUUCGUAGAUGCAAGAAUGAGCGUGGACAGAUUGUAUUACCAGUGUUUUAUCAUGUAGCACCGAGAGAUGUAAGGAGGCAAUCGGGGUCUUUUGGUGCCGAAUUUGCGAUGCUUGAAGGGCGUUUUAAGGAAAAGUCAGACACAUGGAGGACUGCUUUGACAGAAGUAGCCAACCUCUCUGGCUGGGAUUCAUCUUUCGUUAGGUUUGAAUCAGUACUUUUACAACAGAUUGUCAGCGACAUUUAUGAAAAACUCAAUUAUCUAUCCCUUGUUAAAGAAAAGGAACUGGUUGGUGUGAAAAGACAUAUAGAAAACAUUGAAUCUCUCUUAUCCAUUGGAUCGAAAGACGUUUUCACGCUGGGAAUUUGGGGCAUCGCUGGUGUAGGGAAGUCUACCAUUGCUACUGUCAUUUACCACAGAAUCUAUGGGCAGUUUGACAGGUAUUGCUUCAUUGACAAUGUUGGGGAACGAGCAGAGAGAAGUGAUGGAUUAAUUUCACUGCGCCAAGAAAUUCUGUCAGCAAUAACACUUGUAGACAGAAACUCUCCGACUAAUGAACUCCCGUCCAUGAAGGGAAAGUCUGGCAGCAAGAAGGUUCUAAUGGUUAUUGAUAAUGUGACACAAGGUGGACAGAUAGAAUUUUUAAUCGGAGGUCUUGGUUGGUUUGGUCCGGGUAGUCGAAUCCUUAUAAUAACAAGAGAUGAACAAGUGCUGAAGGAAUGCAGAGUGGAUAAAACAUACAAGGUUGAGGGAUUAUUGCAUGCUGAAGCUCUUAUGCUUUUUAAUUCGUAUGCCUUUGGAGAUCAUAAUCCCGGGGAACGUUACUUGGAGUUGUCAAAAAAUGUAAUAGUAUAUGCUAAGGGUGCUCCAUUUGUUCUUAUAGUUUUGGGUUCCUUUCUCUCUGGAAAGAGGGUACAAGAUUGGGAAAGUACAUUGAAUAUACUAGAGAGAACUCCUAGUACAGAUUUUCAGAAAGUACUAAAAAUCUGUUAUGACGGAUUAGAUGAUGAAGCGAAAAAGAUAUUUUUAGAUAUUUCUUCCUUAUUGAAUGGAGUAGACAUAGAUCUCGUAACAAGAACUCUGAAGGCCAGGAAUAAUUUCCCACCAGAGAUGGGAAUCAAUGCCCUCGUGAAUAGACAUUUUAUAACUAUUACAAAUAAUAAGCUUCUGUUAUGUGCUCUCUGCUGGGAACAGACUUGUGAUGAUUUCUUUUGGAGAUUUUUUGGUGAUGGUUUGACGGUUGAGGUUUUGGUGAAACAGUGCCGGAAGUGGUGGGUUGUUGAUAUUGCUGCAGGAGGUUUUUUGUUUCUCUUCGGUUUGCAGGCCUUCUGGGUGUGA